AUGCCGUCAGCUCGACCCCAGGACGCCUAUUCGCUGCUGGAGCAAUCCUUUAACCAUUCUCCCCAGCUUCGUUCCCACAGGCAGCUCCCGCGUCGCCGCGACGACCGCCAAGUCGUCUUCCCUGCCGCCGCGCCUGUCCGUCCGGCUUCGUACCAUGACGAUGACACCUCGACCCAGUUCAGCUCCGCCAAUUCCACUCCGCUAGCUUCUCCACUUCCUCUUCCACCACUGGUAACCGGACACGACAACGGCUUGCCGCCCACCCCGCCCUCCGCCGUGAGCGACGGCCUGAGGCGGGACGCCUCGAGCACUCCCCGCUUUGCCGACGGCGUCAUGGCCACCCUACUUUCCAAGCAGCCCUCGACCCGGACCCCCAUAAACCAGCGAAGCCCCCCGACGCCUGAUCCAAGUCCCCCCCGAUCUGUGCGCUCCGGUCAGAAGACACACCCCCCUCCAACCAUCCGCUACCCGUCAUCUCGCGCCGACUCCUUCACCACGGCCCGAAGCCAUCUGGAGUCAGAGGACAGCGAAUCGCAGGCCUCGUUCCACGACGCCCUGACCCCGACACAAAACGGCGCCGAGCACGCGAGGGAGUUGAGACAGAGGUAUGACGGGCUGGGAUUGGCCUUUGAGAGCGAAGCAGGGGACGUGACACCCACGGAACGCAACCCGUCCGGGCUGCCGGGCUAUAAGGAUCCCCCCUCGUUAGCCGGCACGUGGGAGCCGAGAAACGGAGGCCAUGACCAAACAUCAGAUCUGGAGUGGGACACUAAUUUCAUGAGGAAUGUGGCAGUGCGGCAUAAACGGCGGGAACGGCCCCCCAAGACCCCGCCUGAGCAGACUUCUCCCCGGGACUCUGGUCUCGACCUUUCACCCAUCUCCAUCAUGAAGAGAGGCCAAGUUCCUGAUGACCGAGCUGGCGAUAUCAAAAGACACGCCCGAAUCCCAACAUUGGACAAGUUUGCCCAAGACAUCGGUUGGCCACAUGACGCAAAUGCUUCGCCCAAGACCGACUCCAAGCGUUUUUCGACCGCCUCCAGUACGUCGACCGUCGUGGAAGCCGUUGUGGUAGCCACGUCGCCCGAGUGCCACCGCCGGCUUCGUCAUGCUGGCAAGAACCUGGCUCUGCGUCAGAGCAGCGACACGACGUUUGAGCGCCGCUCACCGGGCCGCUCACCGGGCCGCUCGCACCGGGCAUCCCUUCUCUCAAAUGGCGGCAGCACGCCCCAUCGCUUGGUUCACCAUAAGGAGAAAAUCCCGGAGCGUAGAAAUCGCGACAGUAUUGAUUCUGCCUUUUCAUGUGUCAGCACUGACGCACCCGCACCUGAGCCGCGGCAGCGGCAUGAUAGCAUUCCGGUACUAUUGUUCCCCAUGUCCCCCGAGGAUUCCCCCAAGGCCGUAGAGACGCCUCGCAGGCUGCAAGUCAAAUUUCGCUCGCUUACAGAUACUCGACAGUCACAGGCUCGCGUCUCACCGGUGCCCGAUAGUGCCCAGUUCCAUGUAGAAUCACCGCGCCGUGUCCACAGGAAGUCGUCUGUUGGCAGCUCGUCAAUCGUCUCGAAAGCUUCCAGCAAAGUGCCCGAGGACUGGCCACUUCCCCGUGAAGGCAUCCGGAAUUUCACAGCGCCCGCGGUCAUGACAUCGAAGGGCACUACUGUCACCUUGUCGCGCGCAGGCAAUUCGCCUCAGAGGGAAGCCAGCUUCAGGAGAAAAGUCGACGUUACGCCGCCUCCGGUUCCUCCCAAAGAGCCGUUGUCGUUGGCGACUCCUCCGCUGUCGCCAACGGACCGCAUAUCUUCACCGCCUGCUACGACAGAAGUCCAAAAGAUGCUCCAGGGAAAGCGUCCGAUCGACAUGAUGACAACACGUCAAAGCUCCGACCAUACUUCUACCUGGACUGAAGAGAUUCCCCGCGGAUCAAGCCUUGAUAGGAGCAUGUCUGGCGAUCGCGCACACUUGAAUGCAGAGUCGCCCAUGCUAAUCUAUAGCGGCCGGACAAGCCUGGAUCGCACCCGCCAUCACAAUACCACAACUCCCUUCUCCCAGAUGUCUGACACCAGCGGGCUCGAGAUCAGUGAGGCCACGGCUGUCAGCAUAUACCCUCACAACAACCACUCGCUGCUGGUGGUUCAACAGGUGGCGCAAACUGACUCGACUUCCAACUCGAACUCGUCCACCACCUAUCAUACCACGCCAUCGCACCGACGUUCUGUGUCGUCACCACCACUCGGACGCGAGCUCUCUCCCCCCGUGCUUACGUUCAACCCCGCCACUCCGCCUCAACAGAUGAUCGAAGACUUUGGUGCCGCCUGCAACGGAGCCGUGGAUUCGCCUCUGAAGAACCCACGCAAGCCUCCAGAGCCGCCAGCUUUCAAGAUCAUUCCACCCACCCCAGCCUCGGAGCUCGAGCGCGAUCCCAUGAGUGAGAGCGCAAUGGUGGGCAGUUCUUCGCGUCCAAAGCGUCGCCAGACUCUUGCCAAGCGUGCGCGACGUUACUCGGACACCAUCCUGAACCCGAUCCUUGCAAGGACAACCUCCGUUGCCAAGCGCAACCCUAAAGGACAGGUGAAUACAGCGGCAGGCUCCAAGCAGGCGAAGGACACCAACCUGCACCCUCUUUGGAGACCGCGGGGAUUCUGGGAUGAUUUCGAUUCGGACAGUGAGGAUGAGUGGGACGAGCAAUACGGUCACGAGUCUAACCGCCUACCGCGUGGCGGAGACACCAGUAAUGUUGGUGAAGAGGAGCUGGAGCGACAAAAGCGCAAGAUCGGAGCCUUAGGUCGCAGGCUGACCAACGGGUUCAAAGGCUCGGGCGGCUUCCUCAUUGGCAACAGCCUUGGAAUGGAGCGUCAUGGCAGCAACGCCCGCAGACAUUACGUCAACGUGGGCGGAAUUCCAAGCAAGACGAGUGGGCUCUUGUCGAAGCCACUCGCGCUGGGGAAGAGGUUCGGUGGCAGUAGCGGCCGUGUGGAGAAGCAGAUCUCGAGUUACUCCCUGCGUAGGGUCGCGGCCAACGAUGUCAGUCUUCACCAUGCUGCGACUAGCCCAGCUGGCAGUGGAGUCAGUCGGGUAUCGUCGCGUUUCUCCACCAGCACCGUCGGUGGUGAUAGCGAUGAGGAGCGUGGCUGGGGUAGAGGCAGCAGCAGCCGUUCUCGUUCAGGCAGUUCGCAGCGGCCGAGAACGAAACGCGAUUUCAACGUACCCGGCACACGAUGGAAUGUUGAGUACGUUGGCAUUAGCGGUGUGAGGGAGAAGCUCGCGGAAAGAAGGAGGGAGAAGAAGAGAAACGAACUGAGGAGCAAGAUUGGUCCCAAGUUCUACGUCAAGAGCACGAGCAUUGUCUGA